CGGCGCGGUGACGUCAGCGGAAGCGGCCGUUGCCAUGGCGACGGCGGGCGGCGGGAUGGCGGCGCCGUGCUGGGUGCUGCGCUGCUGCUCGUGCCGCCUCUUCCAGGCCCAGCAGGCCAAGCGGAGCGCCAAGUGGAGCUGCAGCGUGUGCGGGCAGCGGCAGGCCCUGCUCAAGGUUUACGGCCGGGGGUCGGGCCGGGACUGCAGGCACCACGUCCAGAAGCUAAACUCGCUGCAGGGCGAGGCGGAGGAGGCGAUCGCUCGGACAGCUCGGUGCAUAGAAGAAUCUGUAAAUGACAAUGAAAAUAUAGCAGCCCAUGGUGAAGGCAGUUCAGUCCAGCAGGAAGGAAGGGUAGAAGUCAGUCGCUGGAGUAAGUAUCUGGACAAGGGCAGUGAAGAUCAGGAAGAGGAGGAGGAAAGUACAGAAAGGCAACAGUUCUGUUCCUGGAGAAAGAAUGCUGUAGAAGAACGAAGGAGACAGCAGAAGAGAUUCCUCCACAGUGAUGUUCAGGAGUACUCAGAAGAAAACGGAGCUUUCCAGCUUGCCUACCAAGCCAAAAAGCACAAGAAAUGUUCGGUAGCCACUCCUGAUCAAGAUGACGGAGAUGAUGUUUCUGCAGACAGUAUAGUACCUGCUGUCUGUCAGUCCGUAGCGCCACAGGAAAACACACAACCCCCAAGUGCUUGUACCAAACCCUCAAAGUGGGAAAAAUUUCUUUCAUGUUCUGACAAUAGUGAAAAUACUGCCAGGGUCACCUUGUCACCACAGGAUGGCAGUGGAAGGUUGGGACUACGCAGCACCACUGCAGUAAGUAUGGCCACUAGAUACUCAGAACAAGCUCAAACUGCUCUACCUCCAAGUACAGGUUUUAAACUUAAAACGUCCACUACUAGCACUGAGGAGCUUGCCUUAGAACCACCUGGCAGCAUGCUGUCUGGCAUCAGUUGCUCACAAGGGAAGGCUGUAUUGGUCAAAGAACCUCAAAGCCAGUUGCUACAGGUUGGAAGUGGUACCCUCGACACUGCUACAGGACCCCCUACAACCACCCCUGUUAAGUGUAACACUGGGCCCAAGCCUAGCAGCAUUUCUUGUGAACGCCUCUUCUGCACUGGUGAGGAGUUUGAUGAUGAUUUCUGAGAAAUUCAGGCACCUCCUGCGUUGCUUUCCUUUUUGUAUGUCUAGCAUGUGUUUGGUAUAUUGAGUACUCAAGGAAGAAUUUGAAGUGAAGGGGGCUUUAAUUGCACUAUUAAAGUUGUUUAAACGCUG